AUGGCAGCCCCUCCCGGCAAAGGUGCGGUUCGAUAUCGAAAUCUCGGGUCGCCGAAUGCGCCCAAUUAUGUGGUGGCUGCUGACCCGGGGCCGGUGAGAGCCGCACCAGAGCAGGGAGAGGCUGGCGGGAUGGUAGCAGCAGGCUUGGGUGACGUACCGGCCGCAACCGGGGACGAUGAAGAUCCUAGGCCAAAGCGAAGGCGAUUGAGGCGAGUGUGUCGGACGAACACCGACAGCGAAGGGGAGGAAAACGAGUGUCCCCCGGCGGAGUAUACCGUCACCAGGAUCUUGGGACGACGAGGGCAAGGCCCCUCCCAAGAGUAA